GGGAAUCAACAUGGCGAACGAGAUGACAUCCACGGUGCCGGAGUCGGUGCAGUGUCCCGUUUGUUUUAAGGACUUCAAGCCGACCGCAAUUAACGGACACCUCGACGUCUGUCUGCUGAAAAGCGCUACCGACGACAGCCCGUCCACCACAGACGAGAAAGGACCUCCUCUAAAGAAACCGCGUAUCAGUGCGGAGGCUGCACCGUCCAGUCCUGGUGUCAACAAAACUGUGGCCGGCUCCUCCUCCGUGGCAGGGACCCCGACAUCUGCGCCGUUUUCUCUGUUUCAGACCAACAAGAGUAAAGUUUCGGUUCAAAGUGAACGGAAUAGUUUCUUUACCAGUAAAGAAAAUGCUGCAAAUGCUGUCAACAAGGGGAUUCAACGCAGCGCCCUGAAUGAGACUAAAGGUGGGCCAUCAGGGACAGAGACUCAGAAGAGCCAAACAUCUGUGUCCAGCGGACAGACACUGAAGGCUCCACGUGGUUUGUCACCACGGACACUGCUAACCAUGGACAAGCCUUUGGCGGAGGUACUGCGACCAAACACGCUGGAGGAAUACUUCGGUCAAAGUAAAGCUGUAGGACAGCAAACGCUCCUCCGGUCACUUCUGGAUUCGCACGAGAUACCAUCUCUGAUCCUCUGGGGACCACCGGGAUGUGGAAAGACCACUCUAGCUCACAUAAUAGCCAGCGCCAGUAAAAAGAAUGGCACAGCUCGCUUUGUCACUCUGUCUGCGACCAGCACGUCCACCAAUGAAGUCCGAGAGGUGAUCAAGCAGGCGCAGAAUGAGCUCCGGCUGUGCAAGAGGAAGACCAUCCUGUUCAUUGAUGAAAUUCACCGCUUCAACAAAUCCCAACAGGACACCUUCCUUCCUCAUGUGGAGUGCGGGACGGUAACUUUGAUCGGAGCGACCACAGAGAAUCCAUCCUUCCAGGUGAAUGCUGCCCUGCUGAGCAGGUGCAGGGUGCUAGUUCUGGAGAAGCUUUCUGUGGAGGCCAUGGGCUUGAUCCUGGACAGGGCUGUGGCCACACUCGGGAUCAGAGUCGUGGGACGAGAUGCAGCAAAUCCCAAAGAUCAAGACCAAACAGAUGCACAUGAGCCAAAGAUUUACAUUGAGCAAAAAGCUCUGGACACCAUAGCCUACCUCUGUGAUGGUGAUGCAAGAACAGGACUUAAUAGCCUGCAACUGGCUGUUCAGGCUCAGUUGAGUUUGACCCAUUCAACAAUGUUAGCACAAGAUGGUUCUCCUCAAGAGGUACUGGUGAAGGAGCAGCAUGUGAAGGAGGGUCUUCAGAGGUCCCAUAUUCUCUAUGAUAAAGCUGGCGAAGAGCAUUACAACUGUAUCUCUGCGUUGCAUAAGUCGAUGAGAGGCUCCCAUGAGAAUGCCUCUCUGUACUGGCUGGGUCGCAUGCUGGAGGGCGGGGAGGAUCCCCUCUAUGUGGCUCGCAGACUGGUCCGCUUUGCCAGCGAGGAUGUUGGUAUGGCAGAUCCCUCCGCUCUCCCUCAGGCUGUGUCCGCCUUCCAGGCCUGUCACUUCAUCGGGAUGCCUGAAUGUGAGGUGAUCCUGGCUCAGUGUGUGGUGUAUCUGGCACGAGCACCUAAGUCUGUGGAGAUCUACAAGGCCUAUGAUAAUGUGAAGGCCUGUUUGAGGAGUCACAAAGGCCCCCUGCCUCCUGUGCCCCUGCACCUCCGCAACGCCCCCACAAGGCUGAUGAAGCAGCUGGGCUACUCUAAAGGCUACAAAUACAACCCAGCCUUCAGCGGCCCUGUAGAGCAGGCAUACCUACCUGAAGAGCUACGGGGGAUGGAUUUCUUCACCUGGACGCCCUCAGACCCAUGAGUAUCUCUUGUAAUGAUUAAGCCACAUAAUGUAUGCUUAAACCAAAACUGCUGAAUGAAAACAAUCUUUUGACAUUAACAGUAGUUGCUGAUCCAAAUUCACACCUGCGGUUUGGGCUUUUGGCAUGUUCAUUUUUUUUAGAGGUAACAGAAGAAUUAACAUCACAGCCAUUUCCAUUCACAUAUUAUGCCAUAUUCAGAUGUAUAUACAGUUUUAAUUUAGUCAAUUGUUUUUGAUUAUAAAUGAUGCAGGAACCAUUUACAGUUUGAUUUACUUCUAAAUAUAUUCAUAAUAAAGGCCUUAAUUCAUUCAACAAUAGCAAAAACAGACUGUAAAUAUACACAAUAUAUCUUUGUAAUUCCAUAAUAGAUGUGUAAAUGUUUACUAUGUUAAUAUGUGCAUGUUGAGAUUUACCUUUCUCUUGUCCUGGUAAAAAAUUUCAUUCAUUGUUUAAACUGAUUAAAAUGUUUUAAAUGUGUCUUAUGAAUACUCAUCUCCUUUUGAUGAAAUACAUGACAAAUAUAAAAUGAAAAUUUU